UUCUAUUCUAUGGAAGAUUGCCAUCUAUCCCCUCCCUUAUCAACGGGACAGCCGGAGGCGACAGGCAAUUGUAAUUAAACGAUUCAACGAUUGUAAUUAAUUCAUUAUGACCGGUCCCGAAACCUAUGCCCCAAUGCCGCGGCUUACUUCCUAACCAAUCCGAAAACCAUGAUUUUCACAUAUUUUUAUUCUUGUAAAUUUAUGCCCGGGUGCUAAACUUAUUGUGUAUUUAAGGUUACCUGUAAAUAAACAACCUUCUAUUUAGUAAUAGUAAAACCGGGCAAAUGUGAUUUUCCAAUUGAAGUUCUCUCUAAAAUGGCAGACGGUAUUAAAAUUAAACAAGAAAAGCAAUCAGAGGCCACAUCGUCUACAACUACAGAUGUGGAACAAAGGGUGAUGGAGCUUGCCAGGUCCUCAGCCAAGGGCAUAUCUGAUGCAGACAUCCAGAGAGAGUUGCCAUACAUCACACCGCAGCAGAAAGUUGUCGUCAUCAACAAGCUAUUGUCUCAAGGUGUCCUGGAUGUGUUCAGCCAGGGUGGAAGCUUGUGGUACAGAACGAAGAAUGCGUCUGCAGGAGGCAGCAUGAAGGGAGCAGAUACAGAAGAGAAGGUGGUGUAUGGCAUCAUCGAGGAGGCAGGCAACAAGGGCAUAUGGAUCAGAGACAUUCGCUAUAAGUCCAACCUCAUUCCGUUGCAGCUGAACAAGGUGCUAAAGGCGCUUGAGGGCAAGAAGCUCAUCAAGGCUGUUAAAUCUGUGUCGGCGAGCAAGAAGAAGGUGUACAUGUUGUACAACCUGGAGCCGGACCGCAGUGUGACGGGUGGUGCAUGGUACUGUGACCAGGAUUUUGAGGCAGAGUUCGUGGAUGUGCUGAACCAACAGUGCUACCGCUUCCUGCAGCAGAAAGCAGGGGUAACCCUCGACAGCAAGGGUGGGCCCCUGGCUGCACGCAACAUGGCCUAUGCUUCUUCCAAAGACGUGUGGAGGUUUAUCUCUGAGCUGGGCAUCAGCAAGACCACAGCCCAGUCUCUCUCAAUCGCCGCCCGGAGUGUAGGACGUCUUCCGCACCUCAUCUACUUCACUGUGCAACUCUCAGUAGAUGACAUGGAAACUAUCCUUGACACCCUGGUGUACGAUGGCAAGGUGGAGCGCUCUACGGCUAUGGAUAGCACUCGUCUGUAUCGUGCAAUCAAGUCUCUGCUGCCGUCCCCCGGGAUAGUCUGCAUGCCGUGCGGGGUGUGUCCGGUGUUGCGAUCUUGCAGUGACAUCGGCUCUGUGACUUCCCACAGUUGUGUGUACAUGAAGGAAUGGCUCGAGUGAACAAGAAUACUGCAGCUUUCAGCAACUCAAUACAGGCACCAUUAUCAAUGUGCAGCAAAAUUUAAAGCAUCUGCAACUUUGUGGGAAACCUUACUUUCAAAAUAAGUGUUCUAUUAAUUUUCAUUUUGAUUAUAAUUUGAUAUAAUUUUUAAUAUGUGACUUUGAAUAUAGAGUUUGUAUUCAUGUUUGGUUGUUUCAGUAGAAUUAUGUUAGUUCACAAACAUGGGGAUUACAGUUUUAGGCUAAGAAUUAUUUAAUUACUUAUCAGUGAAAUAAAAAUACAUAUCAUAAAAAGGGC